AUGUACGGCCAGGAUAAACUGAACGGUAAAGCGUCUUUUGAGAAUGAGUGCGCUGAAUUGCAAAAUGCAAUUCUAGCGCAGCGAGAGAAGACUGCAGAGUUGCGAAGAGAACUUGGGAACGGUAAUUGUUUGGAUAAAAAUUUUAAUAUUUUUUUAGGUUGUUUUUGCUUUAAAACCAAAAAUCUCAAUAUUUUUUAAAAUUGUGUUUUUAAAAAGUUUAGCAUCUUUUAAAUUUUAUAUUAUCAAAUAUUGUUUCAGUGUACAUGAAAGGCAAAGAAGAUAGAAAUUUUGGUGGACGGCUGCGUGAUUCCUCUAAGAACACCUUUAGACCGGCUGAACCAAAUAAGAUAUAUGGAGCUAUUAUUAGCAGGAGAAGUAAAGAUCUGUGAUGACCUGCGAAUAGAAAUUGAACACUUGAAAGCGUCCAGUUUGGCUCCCGCUUCUGCCCAAUCAAACCCAGCUUCUUUAAUGCUAGGUAAUUUUUAAAAACAUACUUCUUAUUUGUAGUGUAAAAAUUUUUUUCUAAUGUUUACAAAAGUUUUUCAUGUGUUCUAUUCAGGUAUUGCUUCGAACGUCUACCCUGCUGAACCAGCUCCCCCCUCUGCCCAAUAA